AUGCACUGCCUGGAGGUGAUGCAGGACGGCGCCGACUACGGGGACGACGCCAGCGCCGACUACGGGGACGACGCCAUCGCCAGCCCGGACUCGGACGCGGCGGGCAGCCACGCGGCCGGCGACGGCGGCGGCGUCAACACCGUCGUGCAGCGGCGGCGUCGCCUCGCCGCCAACGCCCGCGAGCGGCGUCGCAUGCUCAACCUGAACACGGCCUUCGACCGCCUGCGGACGCACCUCCCCUCGCUGGGCAGCGACCGCCAGCUGUCCAAGUACGAGACGCUGCAGAUGGCCCAGACCUACAUCACCGCCCUCGUCGACCUGCUGGACUAGUGCGUCCCGCGCUUGACCGCCGACGCCGUGGAUCCGCCGGCGACUCUGGGAAACCAUGGACCGGGGUUCGAAUCCGAACAGUGCCAGUGCUCUUUUGUUUUUGCUGUGGUGAAAUUUGAGCUGAUGUGGGCUUGGCCGUUUUGCCGUUUGCCCGUUCUAUUCGCGCUCCGCAAUGGACCGCCUUGUUAGCGUGGCCGUGCCGUCGGCGUGCCGUCGGCGGUGAAGUGAGGCCGAAAAAGACAAGCGGCCCGCGGGGGCCGGACACGG